AUGGCGAAAGCUUCGAACCAACAAGCUUCUUCCGAUGAAGAAUUCUCCAACUCGUCGAGCUCAUCGGAGGAAGAGCAAGUGAAUCCACAGAUUAACAAAGAAGAAUACGAAGAAGAGCUGGAAGCUGUAGCUCGUGUGACUAGUUCCGACAAUGAUGAAGUUACCGGAGAUAAUCUGGUGGAUCCCGAUGAAGACGCUGCCGCUGAAGACGCUGACAAUGAUGAACAGAGAGGAGAUGAUGAUGCUCCCAAAAUUAGCAAACGUGAGAAGGCAAGAGGAAGCGGCCGCCAUGCAUCAAAAGUGACUAAAAAGAGAAGGAUAAAGAUAUUGGAUUGA